GCCCGCUCCCUCCUUCUGCUCGCUGCCCCGCCACUUCUUCUUCUGCCUGCCACCCCGAGGGACCAUGGCGAGGUACAGCUGGGGAUACGGCGAGCACAAUGGUCCUAUUCAUUGGAAUGAAUUUUUCCCUAUUGCUGAUGGAGAUCAACAAUCUCCAAUUGAAAUUAAAACCAAAGAAGUGAAAUAUGAUUCUUCCCUCCGACCUCUUAGUAUCAAGUAUGACACAAGCUCAGCUAAAAUCAUCAGUAAUAGUGGCCAUUCCUUCAAUGUUGACUUUGAUGACACAGAGGACAAAUCAGUUCUGCGUGGGGGUCCUCUCACCGGAAGCUACAGGUUACGACAGUUUCACCUUCACUGGGGGUCCACCGAUGAUCACGGCUCUGAACAUGUGGUGGACGGCGUGAGAUAUGCCGCAGAGCUCCACGUUGUUCACUGGAAUUCAGACAAAUACCCCAGCUUUGUUGAGGCAGCUCAUGAGCCAGAUGGACUAGCUGUCUUGGGCGUAUUUUUACAGAUUGGUGAGCAUAAUCCCCAACUGCAAAAGAUUACUGACAUUUUGGAUUCCAUUAAAGAAAAGGGUAAACAAACUCGAUUCACAAAUUUUGACCCAUUAUCUCUGCUUCCUCCACGCUGGGAUUAUUGGACGUAUCCUGGUUCCCUUACAGUCCCACCUCUUCUAGAGAGUGUCACGUGGAUCGUUUUAAAACAACCUAUAAACAUCAGCUCUCAACAGCUGGCCACAUUCCGCACCCUCUUGUGUACAGGGGAGGGCAAAGCAGCGGCUUUUUUGUUGAGUAAUCACCGUCCACCACAGCCUCUGAAGGGCCGAAAAGUGAGAGCCUCUUUCCAUUAAAAGUUGUCACCAACAGACCACCCCAAACGUGUCUGUGGAGAGAAAACAAAACAAAACAAACAAAAAUCCCGACUAACAGUUCUUUCCUAGAAUUCUAAUUUAUGGGGUGCCAUUUUGCUAUCAGCUUCAGCACAAAGAAAAUCAGAUCUUUUAAAUCAAACUAACUUAAGUUAUCUGUCUCAGAUUUGCAGUAUAUAAGCAGUAUAUACUUGGGUAUAUAAGCAGUAAACACUGGUGUGUUUUAAAACACACGGAAUACAUCUACUUCAACCUGCGUGACAACGUGGCAGGCGUUGCAAACCUCAGAAUGUAUUAAAAAUCUUCCCUUGCCAUAAAGACUGAUCAGUCACAUCUCUCAGUGAUGUUUGGUGAAAAACUUAAAUUCAUUCCCAGGAUGAUAGGAUUGUGGUACCUUUUCCUAAACAAGUGAUUCCGCUUAAUAUCUUGAUAUCAUUCCAAUUCAUAAAAGUAGAUACUAUUUCCUUUUAAAGUGAAUUUUCGUUUGGAUCGUGUAUGCUGAUUCUCACUGCAGGAUACCUCUAAUAAAAUGAACAAGAAUAGAGUUAUGGGGGUGGGGGUGGGAUAUAGCGAAUUAAAACAUCUAUUCCACAGCUCAAAGAGUCAAUACAAUUUUGGUGAGGAAUUCCCCAGGAUAUAAAUGGCUAUUUAAACUUUAAUGACUUAUGCCAUACAUCUCAUUCACUUGGUGAUGUUAAUGAUAAACUGCCUAAUAAUUGAUCAGACACAGUGGUUGUCAGUUGAUUAGCAUUAGCAUGGUUUGAAACAGAUUACAAGGUACCAGUGCAGGCAGAGCUGCCCAUGGGCAUGAGGCACAGGUUGGCUAAUUUUGUCCUGUGUUUUGGCAACAGAGCAGGGAGCAGUCCUGUGAAGGUCAUUGUUUUGUCAAUUGAUGGGGAAAAAUUACUUGAGUUUCAUAGAUAUAAUCAGUCACAAACCCUUCAACCCAUUUCCAUGGCAACACCCCUCUCCCCUUACACAUGUGUCCAUCCAUCUCUUAAUUUUGUAAGUUGGCUCUUGAUAGUCACUUAAACCUAUUAUCUCUUGUAUAUUUUUGUUUGUUUUUGGUGAAGGAGGAUGGGGAGGUUCUUCUGCUCUUUCUGGUACAAAUACAGUGACACUAAGCAUUAAGUUAAUAAUCACGUUUAAGACUUGAACACAUGCUACACUUCUGUCAUCUUCUGAGAAAAGUUUAACUGAGUUUCCUUAAUUUUGUUGAUGUAUUAAGACACCUCUCUUGCCCUGAAUGUAGAUUUUAAUAAUUGGAAGUAUUCUGUGAUAGUCUUCUUCUUCUUUUUUUUUUUUUGACUGCACCACACGGCUUGCGUGAUCUUAGUUCCCCGACCAGGGAUCGAACCCGGGCCCAUAGCAGUGAAAGCACCGUCUUUUUUUUUUUUUUUGCGGUAUGCAGGCCUCUCAUUGUUGGGUCUUCUCCCGUUGCGGAGCACAGGCUCCGGACGCGCAAGCUCAGCGGCCAUGGCUCACGGGCCCAGCCGCUCCGCGGCAUGUGGGAUCUUCCCGGACCGGGGCACGAACCAGUGUCCCCUGCAUCGGCAGGCGGACUCUCAACCACUGCGCCACCAGGGAAGCCCAAGCACCGAGUCUUAACCAGUGGACCACCAUGGAAUUCCCUGUGAUAGUUCUUGAUAGGAUCACCGAUUAUCAGUAAAUUGUGUAAUAAUGAUAGAUAUGAUUGCAUUAAGAUGAGUUCCUGAAGAUGAAAGCUCCUUUGGUUUUGUUUCCCCUUCACAGCUUGAGGCCUUGCAGGAGAUUGACAAGUAGCAAAUAUUUAAUUAAUUGAAUAUUUAGAAAACUUUAUUUUGUAUCUUUGGUAAUUAUCUUGCUGCUUGCAAUCAAAUGCACUGUAAGUUCAUGUAACAAGUAAAGUGCAAGUUAUCCCUUGAAAAUUGUUUUUUCUUAAAGGAAUACUUGUUAAAUCUACCUGUGUAACCAGAAGUUCCCACUGGUUUUAAAAAUACCAGUGUUGAAUGAAUUUCUUUAGUUUGGAAAGACGUGUUGUGAAAUAUCCUAGUCAGAGAAAGAAGUCUGUUUUCUCAGAGAAAGUAAAUAGCAUGUAGGAUGGGGAUUCUAAUUACUGUGUAUGAGCAUUACCACUUCAUAAUUUACGGUUUCUGCUACAGUAUUCCAUCAGUUCUAUGCUACAAAUUGGACUUUAGUAGACUAAAAACGUCUACACAGCACUGAUUUCCUUGAAGAUUGUCUAAUAAUUUAUCUCUUAGAGGCAAAAAGGUCUAAGUGUUAUCUAAAGUCUAAGUUGUUAUCUUUUGAAAAGAUUAAAAAGUUGUAAAUA